AUGGCGAUGGCGAUGGAUGCAUGUCAUUUAUUGUUGGGGAGGCCUUGGCAGUAUGACCGCCGUGUAAUUCAUGAUGGGCGGACUAACUCAUACAAUUUUAUGUUCGAGAAUGUGAAGAUUGUGCUAGUGCCCAGCAGAGAGAUGGAGAAACCAACAUCUAUGGGUGGAGAAACAAAGCUCUUGUCAUUGGCGAGGUUCGAAGAAGAGGUGGAGGAAUCACAGCUAGUUUAUGUGCUAAUCGGAAAAGAGGUGGCCGCUAAAGCGUCAAUCCCAACCGCAGCCGCAUCCGUAGUGGCUGAAUUUGUGGAAGUCUUUCUCGAUGAGCUUCCCGAUAGGUUACCACCCUUGCGUGAUAUUCAGUACCGAAUUGACCUGGAGCCAGGAGUGGCAUUGCCAAAUAGACCCCAUUAG